GCAACGUCAGCAACUUGGAACAUGAUCGAAGUCUUUCUUCAGCUCCACCUACUCUUUCAGUUUCAAACUUUUCACCGAAUGUGACGCCACUGUCCUUACUGCCAAUUUAAUAAAGCACACAGGAUAGCUAUUCACAAUGACUUCUACAAACAUGUUUCAAGGGCUUGAUGGCGCGAAGCCAAGUUCAAGAGUGCUGCGUCCUCCUGGAGGUGGCUCCAGUAACUUGUUUGGUGGUUAUGAAGAAGACGCGUCUGCAUCCAGGAGGCCUCAUAAAAUGGCCUCCACUAUUUUUGAGCCUGUAGAGGAUCCCAGUGGAGGCCCCAGGCGAUCUAACCCACCAGGGGGGAGGAGCAGUGGGAUAUUUGACGAACCCAAGGCUCCCUUACAGCAGCACAGACCGGCCCCUCCAGGUGGACCGACCAGCAACAUCUUUGGUGAAGCAGAGAGCUCCGUGCCCCCUGCCACUCCCUGGAGCCACCCUAAUAAACCAAAGGAUAACAUAAACAUGUCUUCAAGUGCCACUCCUGAACAAGAGCCUCCAACUUCUCAGCCAAAGGAAACUCCAACACAAGUGAUUUCUCUUCCACCUGUGAAAGUGGAACAGCUCCUGUCUGAGGCAGAGCCCUGUGCUCCCUCCAGGUCCCUCCAGGACCACGAGCCCCGCCUGGGGGCUCGGCCCCGCUCCCACAACAAGGUCCUCAACCCCCCUGGAGGAAAGUCCAGCGUGGUCUUCUACUGACCAACUUCCCAUAUCUCUUCUUUCUGUACACAUUCUUCUUGUUUGUUUUAUUCUCCCUCAUUCCACCCUUUCUCACUGUCCUCCAGGGAUGUCUGAAAAAGUUUGUUGUUAAAAAUGAUCCUCUAUUCCCUUAUAAAGGAAAUAGUCACAUCUCAAUGAUUCAUAGUUGAUUUAUUUGUCACAUUUCAUAUCACAUCCCUGGUCUGCAUUCUUCUGCACUUUAAGACCGUUCCUGAGGACCUCUGUAUUUUUGUUUUCUGGAUGAAAUGCUUGCAAUCACUACUGUCCUUUUACUGUAUCGAAGUGACGUGUGUAAUCAUGUAAUUACUCACUGUAAAUGUUCAUCUUUGACUUGGUAAUGGAUUGUGAUGAAAGGCUGUUGAGUAAAAUGGGUCUACUAUGUCUCAGGCACCCUCAAUGUUCAUCCACCAAACUCGGUUCCCUUUACUGUUCUACAUUCUAUAGACCUUUUACUGUCUGUUCAUCUUGCUUGUUGUUCUAACCACUAAUGCAAAGGGGUAAUGUCAUCAGUUUGCUUACGUUUCGCCAAUUAACCAUAUUUCUUUUGUAUUUCUGUCUUGCUUAUGUUUAUGCUUAAGCUUAUGUUAUCAUAUACUAUACAUUUAUGAAACUUUGUUCAGGGAAAAAGCCAAAAAAAAAAUCUACCAAUACACAAAGAGCUACGUCAGCCAAUUGCCUUUACCCAAAGUUUAUUUUCCUUAGAGAAAUUCAAUUUUGAUCUUGUCCACUGUGGCAAAUACUGAAUGUAUCGUGUUUCUGGUUUGGUUCAGACACUUUGCUCUAAGAAUGGUAAAUAAGUUUUGGGGAGGCCUUUAAUUUAUGUUUUAAAUUAAAACUGUGGUACACAAGUGAACUCUGGAAGAUAGCAUGACAGGCCAACAGAGUGCUCAGCCUCGUAUAGCAGGAUGAGGCAGUAGCACAGCCAACAUGUUGCACACGUUCACAGUAUCCCGGCUCUGCCCGUAAUAUUGAAAUAUUGAAAGGUGUAAUGCCCAUUAUUUCUUUAUGCAACCUAUAACCCUGUACAUGGUGUAUGCCAAUUGCUAUGAUCCUAGACAAUCAUCUUAGACAAACCCUAAGUAGCUGAGCGACCGUUGUGAGUGGUGGGUCGUACUUUACCUUUACUUGUUAGCUUGGACUGGUAGUGUGCAACAAUUGAAAUGUAGCAAAAUAGAAUAAAAAUGUAAUACCAUGCCAAUGUAAUAAAAAUGCUGACCAAAGAACAUUGUGUUGGUAGCCAUACAAACUGUGCAGUCCCUCAGAAAUAAAAACACCCACAUCAAAAUGU